UUUUUGAUAUCGUGCCAUUAACCUCUUUUAAAACUAAAGCCUUUCGCUCGCCGCGGUUCGAGGGAAUUCCUCACCACUCCUUUUCUUUCGUUUUCUUCGCUCUUCUUCCAGAUCCGCUGAGAAAUUGUUACCUGGUUAUCGUUUGCUUGAAUUUUUUUGAGUCUGAGAGGCGCAUUGGUGGGAUCUUGUUUCGUUCUGGUUUUUUCCAGAGUCCAGAGGACCGGAUCUGGUUUGCUAUACAUUAAAAGAUGGCGAUUGGAAGGAUCCACCGGGUUGACAAUAGGAGGUCGCCCUCAUGUUGUUCAAAUGCGACCCUCGUUGUUUUCGUUGCUCUGUGCUUGGUGGGAGUCUGGAUGAUGACAUCAUCUACUGUGGUACCAGUAGAGAUGCCAGCAUCUGGCAAAUCUAAAGUGGCAGAAACGGUUUCAGAUGGCCUUUCCAAGCACUUUGAGGGGAAGUCUGGGGAUGUUCCUGAAGAUAAAUCACAAGGGGAUACUAAAUCCAGCGGAGAGGCAACUGCAAGAAAAUCUAAUAAUGAGGCUUCAGAUGAUCAGGCUGCCCCAGAAAAUUCAGAAGACAACUCUUCUGAUUCAAUUAAGGGAGAGAAGGAUGACUCUGUUGGUGAAUCAAAACCUCAGACGUACAGUGAUGUGAGCGGGACCGGUGAAGGUGGUGAAGUAGCAAAAACAGCUGAAGGCGUGCUUGCUGAGGGUGGUUCUACGGAGUCGCGAAAGAAUGGGCAAAACAUCAGUACAGAACAGAGUUUGACUGAAGCUAGGAAUACUGAAAAGGGAAUAAACAAGGAGAAAGAUGCUGAUCAAGAAGAGAGUUCUGAGCAAAACAAUGAUUCAGAGCAGAGUUCUGAUGAAUCUGCUACAGAAUCUCAAACAGAUCAAUCAAAUAAUAAGAACUCUGAAGAAACUGCUGGUGAUGAGGAUCAACCUGGAAAUGAGGAAAAAUCCAAUGAUGCUAGCAGUAGUGUGCAAAAACAGUCGGAUAACAAGAAUGUAGGGGAGGAGAAAUCUGAAGAUGAUGCUGAUGCAGUGCAGGCUGAGAAAGAGGAAGGGCUGAUAAAGGAGGAGGCAGGGCAAAAUCAUGAGAAGGAGGUUGAAAAAGCUAAUGUGGAGAACAAGACUGAACCUCAAGCAAAGGACCGGGCUGUUGAUGAUAUAUUGCCAGAUGAAGCUCAGUCUGAUCUUCUUAAUGAGACUAAUACACAAAAUGGGGCUUGGUCUACACAAUCUGCUGAAUCAAAGAAUCAGAAAGAGCUUCAAGCAUCCUCAUCAUCCAAGGGACAAUAUAACUGGAAGCUUUGUAAUGUUACUGCAGGAGAGGAUUAUAUACCUUGUCUUGAUAAUGAGGAAGCUAUCAAGAAGCUCCGAAGCACAAAGCAUUAUGAACAUCGUGAAAGGCAUUGCCCUAAAGAGGGGCCAACUUGUCUUGUUCCAUGCCCAAAAGGAUAUCGAAAGCCUAUUGAGUGGCCUAACAGUAGGGAGAAGGUAUGGUACUACAAUGUUCCUCACACUAAGCUUGCAGUUGUGAAGGGGCACCAAAAUUGGGUUAAAGUGAGUGGAGAACAUCUUAUUUUCCCUGGUGGUGGAACUCAAUUUAAAAAUGGUGCACUUCACUACAUUGAUUUCAUCCAAGAGUCAUUACCUGAUAUAGCGUGGGGAAAACAAAGCCGUGUUGUGUUAGAUGUUGGCUGUGGGGUUGCUAGCUUUGGAGGAUAUCUCUUUGACCGAGAUACUCUCACCAUGUCUUUUGCUCCAAAAGAUGAGCAUGAAGCUCAGGUGCAAUUUGCCCUUGAAAGAGGAAUUCCGGCAAUAUCAGCUGUCAUGGGAACCAAGAGACUCCCUUUUCCUAGCAAGGUCUUUGACGUUAUUCAUUGUGCUCGUUGCCGAGUGCCAUGGCACAUUGAAGGUGGUAUGCUAUUGUUGGAACUGAAUCGAUUGCUACGUCCGGAUGGCUAUUUUGUAUGGUCUGCUACUCCAGUUUAUCGAGCAUUGAAAGAAGAGCAGGAGAUAUGGAAUGCAACGUUUGCUUUGACAAAAUCUCUGUGUUGGGAAAUGGUAACUAAAACAAGGGAUGCCCUUAACGAAGUAGGUUUUGCUAUAUUCAGAAAACCAUCAAACAAUGCCUGCUAUGACACAAGAAGCCAGAACAGCCCACCGCUCUGCCAGGAAUCUGAUGAUCCAAACGCAGCCUGGAAUAUUCAACUUCAAGCAUGCAUACACAAGUUGCCUGUCGAUCCCACUCUUCGUGGCUCACAUUGGCCCGAUAAAUGGCCGCAAAGGUUGGAGACACCACCAUAUUGGCUCAACAGCUCACAUGUUGGGGUUUAUGGCAAACCUGGCCCUGAGGAUUUCCGAGAUGAUUAUAACCAUUGGAAAAAAGUAGUUAGUAAAUCUUACAUUAAUGGAAUGGGUAUCAACUGGUCUAAUGUGAGAAAUGUUAUGGAUAUGAGAUCAGUAUAUGGAGGAUUUGCUGCAGCCUUACGGGACAUGAAGGUUUGGGUUAUGAAUGUUGUGUCCAUUGAUUCACCCGACACCCUUCCUGUCAUAUUUGAACGUGGGCUCUUUGGCAUAUAUCAUGAUUGGUGCGAAUCAUUCAGCACCUAUCCUAGAACAUACGAUCUUCUUCAUGCAGAUCAUCUAUUUUCCAGGAUCAAGAAGAG